AUGGGCGUCGAGCUGGACAAUCUCCGUGAGGAUGUGCUGCGCUUGGACGACCAGCUGACGAAGGAGACGGGGCUCCGGAAGAGCUUGCAAGAGGAGAAGAAGACUCUGAUGGCGCAGGUGCAGAAUUUGGUGGUGCAGCUGGACACCUCCCGCUUGGCAGUUGACUCCACACAGCGGGAGCUGACAGAUGUCACCAACAACAAGGUGCGGCUGGAGAGCAUCCUCCGUGACACUAAGUCUGCCAUGCAGAAGAUGACUUUGGAGCAGCAGGUGGAGCAAAAGUCGCACGCGCAGCGCGUGGCGAUGUUGGAGAAGGUGAUUUCUGACGAGAGGGCGGAGCGCAGAAAUCUCGUGAGCGAGACCAUGGAGGUCAGCGCCUCGCGCGAGGAGACCCUCGACACCCUGCGGAAGGCAAAUCAAGAGAUCUCCGAGAUCAAACGGCACCGAUUCGAGAAGGAGGAAGAGAUCGAAAGACUCAAGGUUCUGCUUCAAGCGCAAGAGCAGCGCAAUGCGGAACAGCUGGUGACGGUGGACAAAUACCACGCCGUGGUCGCCUCCCAUGAAUCUGAGAUGAGGCAAAUCCAGAUGCUCCUCGAAUGCGAGAGGGAAGAGGCCGCCAGGAAGAUGGCGGAGCUCCAAGAUACCUACACGGCCGCCAAGAAGAGCAUGGAGCAGCGGCUGGAGCAGUACAGCCACUGUUGCGAGGACCUCCGAUCUCACAUCUGCCUCCGGGAGGAUGAGAAGACCAAGGAAGCUGAGAAAAUGAAGCGGGCUCACCUUGAGGAGCAGGUCAAAGGCCUGAAAGCAAGGAUGGACGUGGUCCAGGAGUCGGCGGACCAAAACGAAGAGCGAGCGAAGCGAGCUGAAGUCGAGGUGCAGAAGCGAGACGCUCGCAUUCUUAGUCUCCAGCAGUCCGUGACGGUGGCCGAGGAAAAGCGGGACAUGUGGAAGGCAAGGCUCGAUGCUGUGCUUCCGGACGUCGAGCACGCGAGCCUGGCCCGGGAGGAUGCCCAGAUGCAGUACGAGCGCAUCCGUGUCAGCACAGAGGUCUUUCAGGAGGUGAAAGCAAGCCUCGAGAGACAGCUGGCCCAAGCGAAGAUGGAGAUCCAGCGUUUGGUUGCCAGCCUCACGAGGCAGACUGCUGAAGUUGGCACGCAGGUGGUGCUGAACCUGAGCGACACAGCCCAGCAGACGGACCUGUCCUAUCAGUACCUCGAGCAAGCGGACCACAUGCAGAACGAUCGGUGGCGGAGGGACAGGUUGGACUCUCUGAAGAGAGCUUCCAGCUUCGUGGAAGACGUCGAAGAGAAGCGGGACUUCACCGUGAUCAUGCGUCGAACUGCUCCUCCUGUGGCGCAACUUGGCCCGGAAGCCGCGCAGCAGGAGCGGUUGGAGCUCAAGCACGUUCUUCUUCUUAACGCUGAAAAGCGCGGGGGCGAGAGCGGCACCAAUCGCCGAGCGAGGAAGUCGCUGCACUUGAAGAUCGUAGGAGGCUUUUUGGCACAACUGGAGCAGCUUGAACAGGAGGUCGGCGCUUUGCACCCGGUGGACGCUUCGAAUAAGCAGGUAGCACUGGAGUACAUUGAUUGGUUGAAGGGCGGUAACUUUCCCACGCAUCACCAGCCACUUCCUGAGUUUCAGACGUCGCCAGUUGGACCUCCUCUCUUCCCUGUCGUUCCUAGUGCUCCAUCUUCUUCCCACCACGGGCUGUUCGACAGGGAGAAUCCACAGAUCUGCGUCAACGGUGACGACCCGUGCACUGCCUGGAAUUCCUCUGCGCCCGAUAUGAGCCUCAAUUCGCACAUCAAUGGGUUCGUUGCAGGCUGA